AUGAAAUUAAUUGAUGUAAUGGCAAAAUCAUUCUUUCAUCCAGAAAUUCCAACGAAAAUCAAAACUGAAGGUGUUGCUCUUUCGGCAGCUUUCAUGGAAGAUUUAACCACAGAACAGAACUUAUUACUCAUUGGAGGACGUCAAGGAAUUCAAGUUGUUGAUGUUGAGACUGGAAUGACGUUCAGAAAGUUUGAUCAUUCUGGUGGAGCUACGGCUAUACGUUGUCGGAAGGGAUGUAUGUUCCAAUCAACCACUAUAGAUGGAAAUGUUACCUUGUGGGAUGUCCGACAGAACAAGCCCAUAGAACUUUACGGACCUGUAAAACGAAACAAUACUAAGAUCUGUGUUAAUGCUAUGGAUGCCUCUGAGAAAUAUUUGGUUCUAGCAGAGGCUGGAGGAUUUUUGCAAAUAAAUGAUCUGCAGUCAAGAAAAAAAUUGCAAAAUCAAAAGCUGCAAGACAACGAUAUUCGUUCCUUGAAUUUCUCGAAUAGCUACCGAUUUUUGACUUCUUCUGAUGAAUCAAGUCUGUUCGUUCACAAUUUAUCCGAAAAAUUGAACACAUCUCCUGGUUCUCGGCAUCCACAUGUAGAAGUGAAGAAGGUCAAAACGAUUGUUGAAACCAGUUGGCAUCCCACAGAAUGUCUUUUUGUAGCUCGAGGUACAGACUCAGUGCUACGAACUUAUGUACCUGUUUUUGAUGAAAAUACUAUAUAA